GUGCCCUGUAGGUGUGUCCACACAGAUGAGCCCACACAGAUGAGCCCACACAUAAUUAUACGAUGAAUUGUCACGACCUAACAGAAACAGUAGAUACCACAACAACAUUAUUGAAUUCCAACAUGGCAUUGAAGUGUUAGGAAUUUUAGCAUUAACUAAAAGGAAUGUUCCCAGCAAGAAUGAGACACUAGAUACAACAACUUUAAAUAGCUCUCACGUCUGAGGAGUUUGUAAGUUAAAUGUCGACAACUCAAAAUAAAUAAGAAGAUAACAGAUACAACUCUAAACAAAUAAGAAGUACACGUAGUUUACCAAGUCAUUUCAACCAAACCUACAUAAUGUUUCUUAGUACCUUUCCUAGUUUCCUCUAAGAAAUUGGCUUUAAUUCUUAUAUUUGAGGUAAAUUUCCUUCCUUGAUCAUCCUUUCUCUUUGCAACUACUAAAUUUUAAGCUUCCAUGGAAAACCAUAAAACCGCCAUUAUCUUCUUAUUUAUUUGUUUUACCUUUGUUCAUUUUUGUACAUUAUCUGCCUUAAACUCUGAAGGGAAAGCUUUAAUUUCACUUCUAAACAAAUGGGUAGUUCCAAAAUCUGUAAAAUAUAGCUGGAAUUCUUCCCAACUUACCCCUUGUUCAUGGAAAGGUGUGAAAUGUAGUAAAACCCAGAAAAUAUUUUCCCUUAACUUGUCCAAUCUUGGCAUUUCUGGUCCUGUGGGACCAGAAAUUGGCCAAUUAUCUAACUUACAGCAUCUUGAACUUUCCUCAAACACACUUUCUGGCCCCAUCCCUAUUGAAAUCAACCAAUUGACUCUCCUAAAAGUUCUAGAUUUUUCUGGAAACAAUCUCACUGGUUCCAUCCCUAUUGAAAUCACCCAUUGUAGUCUUCUAGAAGUUCUAAAUCUUUCUAAAAACAAUCUCACUGGUGCAAUCCCAGGAAACAUGGGAAACUUCCAAAACCUGCAGGAACUUUACCUUUACAGUAAUUCACUGAUGGGUAUGAUUCCUGAGUCCUUGUUUCAUAUCCCAAAACUUGUGUUCUUUUGGGUUCAUAACAAUCAAAUUACUGGUGAAAUACCUUUUUCUAUUGGGAAUUGUUCUGCCCUUGAAGAUGUUUAUCUGAAUAACAAUCUACUUACUGGUGUAUUGCCCUCGAGUGUCAUUAAUCUCGAAAAUUUAACACGAUUAGGAGUAAGUUCAAACAGUCUAGAAGGUGAAAUUCCUUCUUUUGGUUAUGUUGGUUGUAGGAAUUUGAAGAUAUUAGACUUAUCAGUAAACCGUUUUAGUGGUGUGAUCCCACAAACCCUAAGCAAUUGCACCCGUAUGUCAAAUUUCUCGGUCAUGACUAACGAACUAGUUGGGACGAUCCCAUCUUCGUUUGGUCUGCUUACUGAAUUGACAAUGCUUAUCCUAUCUGAAAACUCAUUGUCGGGAAAAAUCCCCCCAGAGCUCGGAAAUUGUAAAAACUUGAAAAUGUUGCAGUUGAAUGACAAUAAACUCGAGGGUGAAAUUCCAAGCGAACUUGGAAUGUUAACGAGUUUGGUUGUCCUUCGGUUGCAUAAUAAUGGUCUGAUAGGUGAAGUUCCUCUUGGAAUUUGGAAGAUAAGGACCCUAGAGGAUAUUCUUAUAUAUAAUAACAAAUUGUCUGGGGAGCUUCCUGUAGAAUUAACCGAGCUGAAACACCUCAAGGAUCUUACUUUAGCUGAUAACCAAUUCUCGGGGAUCAUACCAUAUCGGUUGGGGAUGAAUAGUAGCUUGGUUUUGAUUGAUUUCACUAACAAUAAGUUUACAGGGGGAAUUCCGCCCAAUCUGUGCUUCGAAAAACAGCUGCAGCUGCUAGAUAUGGGAAGCAAUAUGCUCAGUGGAAGCAUACCUCCAAAGCUCGGUGGCUGUUCUAGUUUGAUAAGGCUUAGGCUCGAACAAAAUAAUCUAACCGGAGUGAUUCCCGAGUUUGAACGAGAUCAUAGCCUGAAUUUCGUUGACUUGAGUGGGAAUAAGAUUCAUGGGAAUGUGCCAUCAAGCCUUGGUAAUUGUCGCAAUCUCACUUGGAUCAACUUCACUAGCAAUGAACUUUCGGGCGCUUUACCAAAAGAACUCGGAAAAUUGACCGAACUUAGUUAUGUUUUCAUUGCUCACAACAAAUUGGAGGGAUCUUUGCCACAUGAACUAGGGGAUUGGCAUAAGGUGCUUAAAUUGGACCUAUCUUUCAACUCUUUGAAUGGUUCAAUACCCACAAGUUUUAAAAACUUGACAUCCUUGUCGAUCUUAGAUUUGGGUGAGAACUGUCUUACCGGAGAAAUCCCAUCACAUUUCUCCGAACUUCAAAUGCUCCAAGAACUUCAUCUUGGUGGGAAUAGACUAGAAGGAUCGAUUCCAUUCUCGAUCACUGCAUCAAAGAAUUUGAUCCUAUCCGCCUUGAAUCUUAGUAACAAUCGUCUAACAGCUCACUUGCCGCCUGAUUUCAAAAAUUUGGCCAGUUUACAGUGGAUUGAUGUAUCUCACAACCGACUGACAGGGUCAUUGGAAACUCUUGUUAAUAUGUCGGGUUUAGAUUCCAUUAAUGUAUCAUAUAAUCUCUUCUCCGGGCCAAUACCCCCAUCGUUGUUGAAGCUCUUCGACAAAUCAGCAUCAUCUUUUCUCGGUAAUCCCGAGCUUUGUGUAGACUGCACUCACUUCGUUGGCUUCGUAUGCGCAGGAAGCUCGCAAAUCAAACACUGCAGUACUAUGAAGCAGAAUCACAAAGGACUGCACAAAUAUCAAAUUGCAAUGAUCGUCCUUGGAUCAUCGAUCUUUGUGUUUUUUGCAGCGUUUUCUCUGUUUUGUGUAUAUGCUAACCAGCGAAAACCCAUAAAGGAUGUCGAACCUUGGUGCGUGGAGAGUUCCAACACUUUGCACAAAAUCAUGGAGUCUACGGAGCAUCUUGACGACCAGCACAUCAUCGGAAGAGGAGCACAUGGAACUGUCUACAAGGCGGUGUUAGGCCCAGACGAAGUUUAUGCUGUCAAGAAGCUUGUAUUUGACGAGCAGAGGGGUGCAAGCAAGAGCAUGACUAGAGAAAUCGAGACACUCGGGCAGAUCAAGCAUAGGAACUUAGUGAAAUUGAAGAAUUUUUGGUGGACAAAAAACUAUGGUCUAAUAAUGUAUGAAUACAUGGAAAAUGGUAGCCUCGGUGAUGUUCUUCAUAAGACAAGACCAUUGUCGAUAAUAACAUGGGAUGUACGCCUCAAGAUAGCUCUCGGAACAGCCCAUGGAUUAGCUUACCUUCACUUCGAUUGCGAUCCUCCUAUUGUACACCGUGACAUUAAGCCUGAGAACAUACUCCUCGACUCUGAAAUGGUGCCUCACAUCUCGGAUUUUGGCAUUGCUAAACUUCUAGAUCAAACUUCUAUGUCAACACGGUCAUCUGCAGUUCAUGGGACUAUAGGCUACAUUGCACCAGAAACAGCCUAUGCAACAACAUGGAGUAAGGAGUCAGAUGUGUACGGCUACGGAGUAUUUUUGCUCGAAAUGUUAACCAGAAAGCGAGCAGUGGAUGCAUCAUUUCCUGAGGGAAUCGACUUAGUCGUAUGGGUGAGAUCGGUGUGGAAUAGUACCGAAGAGAUUGAUCAGAUGAUUGAUACUACACUCCUAGAAGAGUUACAGGAUUCAAGGGUCAUGGAGCAAGUUCAUGAUGUUAUUUUUAUAGCUUUGAAAUGUACUGAAAAGGAACCAAGAAGAAGGCCAACUAUGAGAGACGUUGUGAAGCUGUUAGAUGAUGCAAAUCUGUACUAACAACAAAGGGUGUUGUUCUAGCCGUUCUUGGCUAAGCUGUCACGCCCCUCCAAUUUUGUA